UUUUCUAACUAAGUUUGCAAACUUGGAAACAACUACUUUGUACUACAUUCUGUUUUGACAAGGUAUUCGAACAGGUGAUUUAAUCGAAAAUUGGCAAAAUACCGUUAGUCGAGGGCAGUAAACGAGGUUUUUCAACAAGAGUACAGCACACGCGUUACAGUUGUCAGUUGUUUGAAGGUCGGCAUAGUUGUUGACUGUUUCCCCGCACAUGCUGUACAAUACUCAUUGCGUUAUCUACUCAUUUUCUAUCAUCGAUAUCGAUCUUGUUUAAGUGUAAUCAUCAUUCUUGAUACACGCGACACGUAAUUGUACUACGAGAUAAUGGUAAGAACGAGAGCAGACGCAGGGGCUACUCGGGCCGCUGGAGCCAAAGCACCGCGGAAAAAUUUAGGCGGCGUAUCUGCGAGGAUGGUUAUUGCCAAUGCUUUUGCGGAUAAAGGAAAAGGUAAGGAUCAUUCCAGUGGAAAUUCGUAUUGUCCUCGAGAGACGCCGGAUUGGCAGAAGCCGAUUACUUCCUUCUUUCAGCGACCGUCUACUGAAUCGGGAGAAGGAAGCUUGGAGUGGAAAGAUAAAAUGAAUGAAUCUGUUGACGCUGAACCAGCAGCUGCCUCUGCCACGUCUUCUCCCUCAGGCUUGACUUCCACAGAGGAUAAUCCGAGUGACUGAAGGUUUAUAUAACUUCUGGAGCACGCCUGAGUGGCAGAAUAUAUAAGCGAUAUGCUCCUAUACUUCAAGUACUUACAGUGUGUGAUAAUAAUUGUCGAGCUGAAACAUACCAACUGCUCAGUAUUUGCUCUCAAAUCCGUUUACAUACAUCGAUACAUGCUAGAUUAAAAGUUUUGAUAAGGCUUAUCUCAACAUCUUUAGUCGAAAAAAAAUGUUUUCACGUUUCUAUUCGUUUCGCAUUUUUUCGUUUAUGAAAAUACGUUUUUUAUAUCUAUUUUUUGAUUAUUAAAAAUAUAGUUUCAUUAUCAUCAACUGUAUGUAUAGGUCGUCGGUCUAUGUAGUAAUUCAUCAUUUAUCGGGAAAACAUUUUUCGUCGCAAGAUAACUAAAAUUAUGUAAUAACGUUUAGCUUUAAUUUUAAAAAUGUGUUCACAUCAGCUGAUCGUAUCAGUAUUUGUCAUUUUUAAGGGCUUAUAACUUAAUCACUAUUAUUUAAUUGCGUAUCUCUUCUCUGUUCCUUCGAACCCAAGUAUUAUUAAUAUUUUUAAGAAAGUAACCAAAACGUGCCUCUAAUAAGUAUAGAAAUAAUUUAAGAAAAAUAUGUCUAGUGUAAUACAGUUUAUUUAUUCCGUCUUACGUGUACUCGUGUCUAAUAGUAAAGUAAGUCAUUAGGUUUGUUACUUAUCGUUGUGUUCUGUUGAUCAGUCAAUGUUACUCAAAUGCUAUCGUUAAGUCUUGAGUCUAAUUGUAAACUAAAGUAGAUAUAACAACCGAAUCGUAGAUAACUUAGUUUUUUUGACCCAUUGAACGUGAUAUCUUGAUUGUCACAUAUUACUAACUUUUAUCAAAUCUUUACGAAUGAUCAAUAUCGAUAGUGGCGACGAUUAAUAAAUGGUAAUAAUGAUCGUUUAAAUUGAAUUGUUCGCAUUUGAUUUUUAUUCCGUCAAUUUUCCUUCCUUUUAUAUUUCAUAUACAAAACAUCAUGUAUUACGCAGCUGAUCGAGGGACUGUUUGCGGAUCACAUGUUUCGAAAUUUCUCUCACUUUCUCCCUUACACUUGUCGCUGGCAAAGCAUCUAAACUUAAACUAUACUAAACUAAAUUUAUUCGUUCCCAUUAUUGGUACGAAUUAAGAAUCAACAUUGUUAAACUACAACAAACUACUAAUUACAAGGCUACACACAUCCAAUUAUUUAGGCCAUCGGGAUGCGGGGGGAGGAAGGGGAACGCAGGGCCUUUCACAAAUCUAGUUAACUGUUUGUUUCAUUUUAAUGUAUGUAAAACUGAGUCCUUGAAUCGUCAUUCUUAUUUCAUGCAUUAUUUAAAAAUUUUAACAAGAGUGUAAGUUGAAUACCGCACAUAAUACAUUACGAUAUCAAUUCAACAUGUCUAAUUAGAUCUUCAAAUAAAAACGUCGAGAUAAAGAUC